AUGACGCUUCGAUCGGUUCAGCGGGGGCAGCGCCGAAGCUCCACCGGCGCGCAGCCGGCGCAGCGGGCUCCCAGCCACAACGAGAAGCGCAGCGGCACGCCGGAUGCGGCGCGCGCAGGGGGGAGGUACAAACGGAGGAAGACCCUCAGCGACGCUCGCGCCACGCGCGGGCGAUCCGCCGAGGAGCCCGACGACGGCGAGCGACCGGCUCGACGCGCCUCGUUGCGCGUCGCGGCCGGCGGGAAAGACGGCACGAGGAAGGCGAAGCGGAAGGAGCGGGAGGAGAAGCCGGUGUCGUUAAUUCUCCCGCCAAUCCCCAGCAGCGCCGGCCCGUUGUUCCAAGUCCGCGCCGGCCUCACAGACUUCAGGGCGCGCCAGCUGGCGAUGGCGGUGGAGGCGGGCGUCACGAGCGAGGUGGUGUGGGCGCUCAACGCGCUGCAGCUGAUCAGCUUCUCGCUCAAGGACACGUGGCAGCAGGGGGCUGGCCCGCUCAGCAAGGCACCACAGCUGCUCUCAGCCUUAGUAUCUGUGGUGGCGUCGUGGCGCGCCUGCUCACUCGAGAUAACUGACGCUGCCACGUGGCGAGCCAUGAGAGGAGGGCCCGAGGGCGGCGGCUCAGUUGGCAGUGAACCCCCGAGGAGGGGUGGCGGCGGCAGCAGGAGCGGCGGAUCGGGGCAGCUCUCGCGCCUGCUGCAUGACCACCUGGGGGAGCGCAUUCGCACCUACUUCCCGCACUCCGCUGGCGCGCCCCUGCGUGCGCGCCCCCUCUCCGCCCUGCGUCCUUUAUCCGCGGACGACCCCCUUUCCUCCGCUGCUGCUGCCGCCGCCGCUGCUGGCGCUGGUGGCAUGAGCGCGUACGGGCGCGGGCACAGGGGAGGCGGGGUGGAGUCGCGAGGGGGGGACGCGGGGGGAGAGGCGGGCAGUGGGAGAGGGGAGGAUGGGGGAGGCGUGGCGGCAGGGGGCGCGGCAGGGGGGGUGGGGGGGAAGGGGGAAGGGGACGAGGUGGGGGAGGGGGGGGGUUGGGAGGGGCCGCUGAGUGCAGAGGAGUGGGAGGUGUGGUGGGCGGAGCAGGCACUCUUCAACCACAGCAGCAGCAGCACGAGCAGCACUGGGGGUGGCAGGGACGGGGGCGGCAGCAGCAGUGCGGGAGAGAGGUUGCAGUGUGCGGUGGCGGCGAGCACUGUGCUGCGCAACCUCUCCUUCCUGCCCCACUGCGCCUCUGCCAUGGCCGCCCUGCCCGCGUGUGUGGCCAUGCUGGUGGGCGCAAUGGAGGCCUUUCAACGCGAGGACGAGGAGGUGGUGAGCAACGCGGUCGACACAUUCGCCAACAUCGCAGCCGCCAUCGACCUCUCCUCCUACCCCGCCCACACGCCGCCCCUCCCCUCCUCCGCGCUGCCACCCACACUCUCAGCAGCAGCAGCGGCCCCGCCCGCCUCUCUCACUCGCUCCGCCGCGGCUCACCCCGGGGGGGACACGGGCCCGCAAGGAUUCGCUGUGGGGGCGCCUGGGAGUGGUGCGGAUGCUGGCGCUGAUGCUGCUGCUGGGGGUGAAGGGUGUCGCGGAGUGAUGAGGCAGGUGGCGCUGCUGCUGGCGUCAGCUGACCCCCACGUGCGGGCCACUGCGCUCUCCUGUGUGGCCCUCGCCGCGCACGCCUCCCCCGCCGCCAAGUACAGCAUUGCCCACCAGCCCCAUGCAGUCUUCCUCCCGCUCUUUCGUCCCUCGCACCUGUCUCAGAUCCUCCCCCCCACACCCCCUUCCCUCCCCCCCCACCCCCUUUCCUCCCCCCCCACCCCCCUUCCUUCCGUCCCACCACCGUUUCCAACCCCCCCCCCCUCCUACCCCCCUUUCUCCCCCCCCCACCCCCGUUUCCUCCCCACCCACCCCCCUUCCUCCUCCCCUAGUCUUCUCUCGCGACUGCUGUCGCUGGUAACCGCACCACAUCCGUUACGGCGAGUGGUGCGGCGGGCGGCAGCCACGCUGCUGUGUCUGGCGAGGGAGCCGCGCACACACGCCGCCUUCCAGCCUCUCCUCCCCGCCCUCACCCGCGCUGCCUUCGCCUCCGCCCCACCUGCCCCCCAUGCCACCUCCUCUGCUGCUGCUCCUGCUGAUGCCGCUGGUGCUGGCGGUGCUGCGGCGGGUGAUGCAGCUGCAGGUGGAGGAGGGGGCAAGGAAAAGGGCUGUGGGGAUGCGGAGGUGAGUGCGGCGCUGGCAGAGGUGGUGUGGCGCGUGUCGUGUGAGCCGGGGGCGGACGACUGGCGCUUGCCUGAAGGGGAGAACGUGUGGGGCGCCCGAGAGUGUGACAUGUGA